CCAAGGGACAAGAGCAGAAACAGGGUGUGAAGACGGGCCCUCUCAGGACUUGAGGGGACAUAUUCAAAGCCAGCUGGUCUGGCUUUGAGGAUGAUCAAUGAAGUGAGUGACAGAAAGGCAACAGAAAAAAGGGGAGAGCUGUAGAGUGAACUAAAAGGCAAGAUAAGGAAAGUGAAGGCACACAAAAGAGGGAGGUGGAGGUUUCAGCAGACUGUGAAAUUGUUUGUGGAGCAACAACAGGUGAGGGAAAAUUGUAUCCAAUAUGCAGCUGUCUGACAAAGCAGGAACAGACUGUGGUGUGGUGUGGUGUGCUGAGGAGCAAGAAGUGUACUGAGGGGAGUGAAAGAGAGCACACAACAAGAGAUCCUGUUGCACAAUGUUCUAGGGAGUGGGAGAAGAAAGUGUGUUGUUUUGAUACUGUUGACGUGUCUGAGAGACCGGAAAGGGCACAGCCAUGGGGCGGAAGAAGAUACAGAUCACCCGGAUUAUGGAUGAGAGGAACAGGCAGGUUACCUUCACAAAGAGGAAGUUCGGCCUGAUGAAAAAGGCCUACGAGCUGAGCGUACUGUGUGACUGCGAGAUAGCCCUCAUCAUUUUCAACAGCUCUAACAAACUGUUCCAGUAUGCCAGCACAGACAUGGACAAAGUGUUGCUGAAAUACACAGAGUACAAUGAGCCCCAUGAGAGCAGAACCAACUCUGACAUUGUAGAGAAAUUGAGAAACAAAGGCCAAAAUGACUGUGCUAGUCCUGAUGCUGAUGACUGUUUCGGGCACAGCCCCCUCAUGGAUGACCAUUUCGGCAAACUAAGCGAAGACAGUGAUUUAAUGUACAAGCGCUGCGGUGCGCUAAACAAGAAAGAACACAGAGGUUGUGAUAGCCCGGACCCCGAUGCCUCAUAUGUCCUCACUCCUCACACAGAAGAAAAGUAUAAAAAAAUUAAUGAGGAGUUUGAUAAUAUGAUGAGAAAUCAUAAAAUCCCCACGGCGUUGCCUCAGCAGAACUUCUCCAUGCAUGUGGCGGUGCCCGUGUCCAAUCCUAAUGCCAUGUACCAGGCGGGAGGGAAUCUGGGCAGCCAGGCCCUGGCAGCAGCAACAGCUUCGCUGAAUGAGAGCGGGAUGCUGUCCCCUCCACAGGCCUCCCUGCACAGGAAUGUCGUCUCUGGUGGAGGAUCUCAGAGGCCCACCAGUGCAGGAAGUGCAGGUGGCAUGCUGGAUACCACAGACCUUUCAGUGCCAAGUGGUGCGGGCUCCAGCCCAGCGGGGAACGGCUUCGUAAACCCCAGGGGCUCGCCGAGCCUCCUCAGCACGCCUAGCGGCAACGGCCUGGGUAAAGUCAUGCCUACCAAGUCUCCACCGCCUCCUGGAGGGAACAUGGGAAUGGGGAGCCGCAAGCCAGACCUGAGGGUUGUUAUCCCUCCAUCGAGCAAAGGGAUGAUGCCCCCACUGUCGGAAGAGGAGGAAAUGGAUUUGAACACCCAGAGGAUAAGCAGUUCCCAGUCCACCCAGCCGCUUGCCACUCCUGUUGUGUCUGUUACCACCCCCAGCUUGCCCCCACAGGGCUUGGUCUACUCAGGCAUGCCCACCGCCUACAAUCCUGCUGAGUACUCGCUGAGCAGUGCGGAUAUCUCCUCCCUGCAGGGCUUCAGCUCUCCCGGCCUCUCUCUGGGCUCCAUGUCUGCAUGGCAACAGCAUCAACUAGGCCAGGCAGCUCUUAAUUCUUUGGUUGGUGGAAGUCACCUACCUCAGGGUUCCAACUUAUCCAUUAGCACCAGCCAGAGCAUAAACAUCAAGUCUGAGCCCAUUUCUCCGCCCCGCGAGCGGGUCACCCCAUCCGGGUUCCCCCCACAGCAGCCCCAGCAAGGGUCCAGCCGGCAGGAAGUCCUGGGACGCUCGCCCGCCGACAGCCUCAGCUCGUCCUGCAGCUCAUAUGAUGGCAGCGACCGCGAGGACCACCGGGCGGACUUCCAUUCCCCUCUUGGACUUGGAAGACCCCCUGCCGGCUCUGAGGACAGGGAGAGCCCGUCAGUCAAGCGCUUGCGCAUGGAUACAUGGGUGACAUAAGGAACUCUGAUCCGGUCUGCAGUCACCAGCCAGACAGAGAGAGAGAAAGGGAGGGAUUAGACAUGGGGAUAAAAGACAGAGCAAGGGUCCUUAUAGCUGUCAACAUUAUUCUACUAUUCAACUCCACUUCGAUUUGUAAUUCUGGGAUGUAAUGUAAGAAGAUAUCAGGGCAUAUUUAAGUCAAUUCUAAAACUGAAACAGGAAGGUUAAAAAAUCUAAAUACAUUUCGGGCACUGGCAGGUGGUAUCAGGUACUUGGUGCAGUUCAGAAGGCGUCUGCAGAUGAGAGAAAAUUGUUAAGCGAUAAGCGGUAGAAUAUUGUAGCCACUGGUCUAGUCAGACACUUACAUGUAGUUGCUGUUUUGCUGUCGUGCUUGCAAGUUUGCAAACAAUCCCAGAAAAUUGUGUUGCUUUCAGGCUAAGGACUCUCUAAUUACAUAGGAUGUUCAUGUAAAAAGUAUGUCCAUAUACAAUGGUGCAAUCACACAAGUUUGGUCUAAAAGGGGGCCUCUCUAAAUUUUUUAAAUCCAUAUGAUCUUUUUGACACAGCACAUCAUGUCGCGGUCUUUCAAGACUCUUUAAUAAGCUAAAACAACUUUAAAACAACAAUAUGGGAGGUAAAAUAACAUCAGAAUUUAUCGCAAUAAUGAUAAUUCAUUUUAUAAUUUAAAAGAGUAAAGUGUAUAAAUAUACAGUUAAGAUAAUGCAAACCUGUCCAGUUGAGCUGGUUAGUAAGCCAAUGUGUUCACAUUUGAGCAACAGUUCAUUAGUUAAAUAAGCCAAAGCUGGGGUUUUUGUGUUGUACAGUUGCUGUAAUCUCUCUACAGUUUGCUCAAAUACUGCCUGUCUUCUUUUUUUUUUUUUUUCUUUUCAUCAUACUCUGUAUUUUUCAUCGUACUUUGUUGCGGUGUGAAAAUCACAAAAGGCUGAUUCUUGAAUCCGAAAUCAAAAAGCCAUGGGCGUUUGCUGUUCUAUUUGUACAAUGUCAAAAUAUGAGCCAAGCGUUUUGUCUUUUUUUGUUGUUGUUGUUGUGUAAAUAGCAACUUUAAUAUAUAUAUUGCCAGGGUGGUGAGUACACCGUUUUCAAGAAAAGUAUAUUUUUGUGGUUUACAGCUGAGUUUACAGGAGUGGACCCUUAAAAAAGGUCACUGGUCCAUAUUUCAAGGUUUUGUUCAGUCUUUUCUGCAUAAACUCUGACAAAUUUUUGCUUAUAGAUUAUUGGUUUUGUCUUGUUUGCCCUGAAUACACUCUAUGAUGAAUUAAGUAUGGUCAAACUUUUCUUCUUUACUUUUUUUGUUUGAAGGAUGAUCAAAAGGCUGCUGGGGGAAAUAGGGUUUCUUCCUACCUAUUGUGCUCUAACAUCAGGUGCUGAAGUUACUGCCACAAUUCAAACCCACGGUUUUAUCUCACUCAACAGAGAACAUUCUACUGUUUUUGCUUCUAACUCAACUGAAUGAAAACCAACUCUGAGACCAUUUGGAUCAUCCUGCCACUGGCUUUUGGAAUUUAACUCAACAUAUUUAAACUUUGGGAUGAAAAUAAUCAUAUAUGUGGGCCCACAUGUGGUUGUACAUACCCGUAAUAACCCAAUUGGCUGAAGAGGUCCUAUGACAAGUUUAUCCCCAUUUAGUGACAGUGCUGUCACCUUGUAGUAGGAACAAUAGGAGCCAGAAAUUUGCAAAGAAAUUUAAAGUUGUUUUGGCAUACAGCCUGUGUGUUACACUGUAACAAUGACUGAAAAAACAGGGUUGUGGCUGUUUUAAUUCUCCAUUUCAAAAGGAAUAACCCAUUCAUCAGAUAACAGCACACUCACUGACUUCUAUAUUUCCUGCUGAGAGGCACACAUUUGUAUGAGAAUUUUUCUGUACGAGACGGAUUUCACUGUGCAUUCUCCAGGGCAUGUCUUGUGUUUGUUAGUAACCUUGGGCAUCCUUCAACCCCCCAACCUUCCCACAGUUUACAUCAUUGCAGAUCUAUGCAGAUUUAACCCCACUUCACAUGAAAUAUAAAUACUAUGAUGUCAUUACUAAACAUAUUCAGUCCACAAGCUGUCAGGGGAAAGAGUGUCAGACUGUUAGCCUCUUAUUCUGAAGUGCCACAGCUGGAAGUUACUGGACUACAAUUUUAUUAUCAUCAAUCUCUUUUGGGCCAUCUCCUCAUAUUCAUUUCAAGAAGUAUUCAUACAGCCUGAAUGUUUUCAUGUUACAGCCACAAGUCUUAAUGCAUUUUAUUGAGAUUGUGCAUGAGAGAGUGACAGAACACAGUACUUAUGAAAUGCAAGAGAAUUUAUUUUAUUUUAACAAACAAAAAUCUGGAAAGUGUGGCAUGUGUUUUCUGCCUCUAGCCACAACUACAACCACAGAUUUUGGGGGUAUGUAAUAAACCUUAAUCCCAAUGUUAUUUACCAAAAACCUCAACCUUAGUCAGAUUGGAUACACAGACUUCAAGAAAAUUGAUCCCAUUUCUUGGUAUUACAGCAAUAGCUUUUUUUUAGCACUCUUUUUUUUGAAAGAUCAGAUUUGUAGUGUUCUCUUGAUCUUCAACUCCUCCAGAGUGGCUGCUUCUCUGAUUAAGACUCUCCUCCAUUGCUCCCAGAUAAACUCAAAAAGCUGACCUCUGACAAAAAAGAAGCCAAUACAAAUUGAGGCCUCAAUUUUUACUGUUUACCUUGUAAAAAAUUACACAAAAUCCCAAUAAAAUCCAUUGGAGUUUGUGGUUGUAAUGUAAUAAAUUUUGGAAAAGUUCAACUGACUGCUUUUGCGAGACACUUUAUGACACAUAAAUAUACCCCAUAGUAUUUAAUUACCCUUAUUGUAAUCCAGUUUAACACAGCAGAGGAAAAUAGCAAUAAUAAAUGACUUCAACAGAAAUCAGCCUGUCUUGGCAGCGGCGCCUCAUAGUUGAGCACAUUUUUUAGCACUUGAUGACAUAUCAGGGAAUUUUGUAGUUGCUCUACCAAUAUGCACAGUUAGAAAAUGCCUUAUUCCAAAGAGAAAUUGCACCACAUUUAUUCUCACUCCUGUAAGGAAAAGACAAUGCAGACAUCAUCUGGGCGGGUGCAGAUCCCGCCUCUCUUCACUGCAAACUCACACAAGAUAUUGCAUGGCGAAUGCACGGUGAUACGAUCCGCUCUGUUCGUCCUCGUCCAAAUUGUGCAUAACUAAUGAAUGUGAAAGGAAAGGGUAAUCAAUGAACCUCUGGAGAGGACUUUCUUCACUUUGUUGUGCAAGAGCACACCGCUUUGCUUCAUGGCUUUUAUAAACAGAACUAAGUGUUUGGUAAGUGUCUGUAGUUAAUAGUUCACGUAACUAAAGAAGCUGUUUUCGGUUUGAGUGCUCAGACCGUUUGGCGGCACAAGCUGGACUUUGUUGCCAAUAAUAAAAUUAUUUGUUUUAAAAUUGAAAUAGAUUUUAAGUUAAUCUGCAUUUUUGUUUUCGCUUGAAUGUGUUAUUUUAUUUUCAACAUACAAUAAUUAUUCAAGUGAACUUUUUAUUGAACAAUUAAGAUACUAUGCUAGAUGUUGUUGUACAAAAUUUGUAUUCUACACAAAAGUGCAAAUAUUGGCUUUUCAUGUGUAAUUUUGGUUUUUUUCUCUCUCUUAUUCUGUAUAAAAUGAAGUAAACAACUCUUUCAUAGAAUAUGUUCUUCUGUGAAGUCCCAAACAGUAUAAACUGUCAACUUUAUUAAACACCUCAGUGUAUGCUCAA